AUGGCUCCUAUUCGACGAUACCUCCGCAUUAGCAAAUACUCUGUACUAGAGUGUCGAAUCUACCUAGAUAACCCAUCUGAUUCAAGAUGGCUUUUGGAUUCACGCGAUCCUGUUCUUCCGCGCAUCGUCGCUGCUAUCCAGCCUUUGGUUCUGCCUAAGCUGCGCGAAGAAAAUCAACGACUGUUUAUGCGCAAGAAGGGCAAACCAGUCAAGGAUGUCAUUGCAGAAGAUGGUUUCGAAGUAGCCAUUUUCCUCCGCGAAUCUCGAACCCGCCAUUCCCUCCUUACCCGAAACAAAACAUUCCACGGACAGGAGAAGCAGGGCCAAGAUCCGGACUUGGAGACCAACCUAGAGGAUAUUCCAGAGAACACGGCUGCCAAUACCGCUGGCUCUACCAAUGAUCAAAUCAUGAUCGAAAGUGACAGUGAACCUGAUGGACUGCAUGACCUUCCUGAAUCCACGGACGAUGUUACAUCGGGCAAUAGACGGUCAAGCAGGAGUCGCAGAGCCAAGGCCAGCCAAGCGCAACCUGAUGAUGUGACGGGCGAUGACAAAAAGAAGCUUCGUUUCAGUACCCAUUAUGAGAGCUUCAAUAUAUGUGGAUGGGUUUUGUGUCUGUUGGUCACGCGCAAAGGCGAUAAAACCAAGUCGAGUGCUGCAACAAUUGAAACAAGGCCACCCUUGAUGGAAGAAUGGAUUUCAACCCAAGCACAGACAUCUGUUGAUGAUUGA